GGCAAUGUUUCCACUGGAUGGGUUUUGAUAAAUCUCCUCCCUGUGGCCUCUCCACUAUUUACAUAGCUCCGUAGGUUUAGCGGUAGCAUCACAGGGUAUUACGGACUUGACCUUUGACCUCACCCUAAUGUUUAUUACCUAUUUAUUGCCCUAGACAGGGAGCCCUUGGUUACUCACCAUUGGAUCUUGCACGUUGGGGUUGUUCCAAACUUAAUGUAAGGCCGUAGUAGGUGGGGGACGCGUGGGCUCCAUGUGAUGUGCGCGCCUCAGUUAUGUGCAGCAUGCUGCGCGUGUCAGGAAUUUCCCCGGAGGGCAGAGAUCUGUACUGACAGUAGAUAAUACAGCCGCUAUAUCCUCUGUAUAACACUUCCUGAGCCCUGCCCCGUAUACACCUGGGAGGGGUAUAUAACAACACACCUGAGGAGGGGAGGGAUGAACACCGAGGAGAAGCCGCUCCAGGAUCCUCCAGUCUGAUCUCCAGAAAGACUCCAGAGUUACUUAAAGCGGAGUAAGACAUGAAGAAGACAAAUCAGGCGUCCUCAGGGGGAACGUGUCCAGGGACUCGGGUCAUAACCAAGUUUACAGAGUACGUUGGCUCAUUCGCAGUGAUGGAGUCGGACUCUAGGAGGAGAGUGUGGAUUAUAGAGGAGCAGAUGCGCGUCCUUAAGGACUGUCCUAGAAGAAGAGCCGUGAUCCUGAAGUUCUGCAUUCAGGGAGUAAAGAUGUACGAUGCAGACGGAGAGGCGCUGCUCAUGGCCCAUGCUCUUCGGAGGAUCCAGUACACCACAUGCAGGAUGGAGGAUAGUCAGUUUGCCUUUGUGUCACGUAACCCACAUGACCAAGCAGAUCACCUGUAUUGCCACCUGUUUGUAGGCAGCCAGCCCAGCGAGGCUCAGGUGCUGAACCUGCUGCUGUGCCGCUCCUUCCAGCUCCAGUACCUGGCGGCGCAUCCCGAGUCCGGUGACCAGACGGCGUCUACAAGCAAAAGGGCAAAGGGGAUCCGCGAUGUGAUUGUCAGGGAGCCGCUCGACCCUGAAGAGGUGUCUCAGAAUGUGAAUGCCUUGGUGUCCUUUAGAAGGCUUCCAGUGACCGGAGAGGUGGAGAAUGGCAGCGGCCAAAGUGAAUCUCCACCUGAUCCGACAAGAAGCUCAGCCGUGGAGUCUCCGUAUUGUUCGCCCACUCUGGUCCGUAAAAAGGCCAUUCGCAGCAAAGUCCUUCGCUCUGGGGCGUAUCGCUUCCCCAAGUCUGACCAUCGUGCCCAGGAGAGGGGAGCAGAAGACAGAUGUGCUGGUGCCGUGAUGGAGCUCUCGGAGAAGUUGGAGGUUUUGCUGGACGCCGUUUGGUUCUGUGCUGGAGUCCAAAGAGACAACUCCAUCUGUCUUUUGAAGAACGAUCGUAUAGGCGCGUUCCUGCUCCAGCCAGACCCGGAUCGUGCGGGUCAGCUUACCCUGCACAUGAGCACUCAGUGCGGAGUCAUCCCAUACAAGAUCUACAAAACAGCACAGCACAAGUACUACUUUGAGCAUCUCCCGCAGGAAUUCCCCAGCCUGGCAGCCUUGGUGGCCCAUCACUCUGGCGCGGACAGCAGUCUUUUCUUCCAGUUGGCUCAAGGUCGGGUUAAUCCAUGUUAUGAAGCACAAGAUGUGAAGACCAUUCAGCGGCCCCUUACACAGAAUGAAGCCACGCCGGAGCCUGAGCUAGAAGAGUCGGCCAAGACAGAGGAGCAGGCGACGCACACAGACUCAGCCCGCGAGCCCGCGCAGACUAUAUAUCAUAUCUAACAUGACGUCUCCAACAUAGACUAUAGGCCAGAGGUAAAAACAGCUGAAGCCGGCACUACGGACUGUGGGGAUCAGUUCACACAAACAGGAGGAGUAAGCUGCGCUGUGGUCCGGAUAGUAAGACGCUGUGACAGGUGGUGCCCAGUCAAGAGUAUAAUCCAGUACUGUAAGGCCGGGUUCACACCGCGUUUUUGCAAUACAGUUCCCGUAUCAGGUUUUUGAUGGAAAACUGAUUCCUCAAAACCUGACUAAACUGUAUCAAAACGUGUACAAAUUUUAAUCCGUAUACGGUUUGAAAAAUAAUGUCCGGUUGCAUCAGUUUUUAAAGAAAAAAGUAUACGUUUUUAACUUUUCACUCCAUUAUGAAUAAAGUUUCACUUGUUUGAAAAAAACUGUGCAAAGUAAAAAACUGUAUGGUGAAAACCUGAUGGAACCGAACGCACAUACGAUUCUGUACGGUUCCCAUUGACUCCCAUGUUUAAAAAAAGUAUACGUUUCAAUACGGUUUUGUGUAUGGGGGAAAAAAACUGACAAAACCGUACAGGAUGCAAAACGUACACAACUGGAUGCAUAGUUCGGCAUACAGUUUUCAGUGGAGAGUCAAUGCAUACGGUUUUCAAUACGGUUCUGUGCGGUUUUCAAAUUGAUAACGUAUACGGGAACUGUACUGAAAAAACGUGGUGUGAAUGCACAGUAAUGGAGACGUACCUUUUAUUGUGUAACCGUUGGCUUUAUGUAAAAACUGCUUUUAUUCACAGCUGGGGAGGCGUGGGGGGGGGGGGGGGGUCCGCAAUGCCACGCCUCUCUUGAACAACGUUACAGCAUCUUGGCCGUGUAAGCGUAAAACAGCUCCUCCCCACAUGGUCUCCAACCAAUAGGGGCAAAGAGCUUGCUCACUCCCUGUCAAGCCUUAAAGGGGUACCCCACUGCUCAGCGUUUGGAAUAAAAUGAUCCGAACGCUUAGAGCCGGCGCCAAGAGCGCGUGACAUCAUAGCCCCACCCCCUCAUGACGUCACGUCCCACCCCCUCAAUGCAAGAAGGCCAGACCUCAUUCUCAAUAGAUGGACCCCUUAUAGAUGUUUCUGUAGGUGAGAAGUGAUGGCAUUUACCAUCUUCACCAGGUCAGGGCACCAUAUGGACGGCUGACCCCAUAGUGACCGUGUCUGGGGCAGUGAGAGCGAUGCCCCCACAUACACUUCUGGUUUACCUGUCCUCUGUCUAUGUUGUCGGCUUUAAUUUAUUGCAGUAAAUAAAUAUAUUUUUUACACAGUGUGUGUCACUUCC